ACGGCACCAUUUCUUCGCCUUCCCCGCUUGGCCGAUUCCCCUCUUUCUCUCUUCCUUCCGCCUCUCGGGCCACGCCAUGCACCGCGCCAGCCAGCCACCACCGCUAAUCGCUGCCAGCAUUUUCCAAAACUCCUCCACUUUCUCCGUGGCCUCACAUCCCGAUUGCAAAGUUUCCCCCCCAAAAUUUCCCCACAUUGCAUUUGAUCCUCCCCACAUUGCUAUUGAUUCCUCGCAAUUUUCGUCGAUUUUUCCAAUGGAGUGAGCCGAUGUGAUGGAGGGGCAGGACGCGCUCGACAUGUCCGACGCCUCGCCGACCUCGUCGUGGGCGGACGGAGCCGUCGAGCACUUCGACGUCGCGUCGUUCGGCGGCGACGGGUACGUCGUCGACGAUGAGGAGAUGUCGGACGUGGAGCUCGGCACGGGUUCCCCGGUGGCCCCUUCGGAGGCCUCGACGCAGCCUCCUACGCCGCUGCGGAGGUGCCUAGCGCCGGUCGUGUCCUCGGACGUCCCGGAGGCGGUGGUGCGGGCGGUCGACGCGGUGAUCAUGGGCGGCGGGGUUGAGCGCCUCCGCGAGAUGGUGUCCGAGGAGAACGGCGAGGUCACGCAUUUCAUCGUAGACGUGCUGAUGAUCACGAUGGGCGGCGUGGACGGCCUCGACGAGGGCGCGGGCGAUGGCACCAGCACCAGCACGGAACCCAGCAUCAUGUCCAGCUCGCGCGCAGCCGCCAUUGCUGUCGAACUGAUGCCUUACCUUCCAUGCGGCACCGAGCCGUCGCCGCGCACCCGUAUGGCCUGCGGCCUCCUCGCCACCCUCAGCGCCUGCACCCGCAACCGCACCAUGUGCUCCGCUUCGGGCCUUCUCGCUAUCCUCCUCGAUUCUGCAGAGAAGCUGUUCGUAAAAAUGGGUCAGAGAAGGGAUUGGGACGGGACACCGCUCGUGCAGUGCAUUCAGGUGCUAGGAGGGCACUCGGUUAGCGUCAAGGACUUGCAUUCCUGGCUCCUUUUGGUCAAGAAGGCGCUUGGGACACGCUGGGCAACGCCGCUGACACUAGCAUUGGAGAAGGCUGUUGGCUGCAAUGAGGCGAAGGGACCUGCAGUGACGUUUGAGUUCGACGGCGAGAGUUCCGGCUUGCUUGCCCCUGGAGAUAGCCGGUGGCCAUUCUCGAACGGUUUUGGGUUUGCCACAUGGAUAUAUGUAGAGUCAUUCUCGGACUCACCCAACGCAGCAGCAUCAACUUCUGGGAGAUCGUCACCAUGGGCAGCAGCAUCAACUUCUGGGAGAUCGUCACCAUGGGCUGCCGCCGCCGCUGCUUUCACACAUGCUGUAGAAGGGGCGAAGGACAUGCCCCGGCUUUUCAGCUUCCUUACUGCUGAUAACGAUGGUGUGGAGGCUUAUUUCCAAGGCAAGUUUCUAGUUGUGGAGAGUGGGACUGGAAGGGGAAAGAAGGCUCCUCUCCAUUUCACCUAUGAAUUCAAACCACAGUGCUGGUACUUCAUUGGUUUGGAGUGCACAAGCAAGCAGGGUUUGCUCGGAAUGGUCGAGAGUGAACUACGGCUGUAUGUUGAUGAUAAGCUUCAUGAGAGCCGUCCGUUUGAGUUCCCCCGUGUCUUGAAACCGCUGGCAUUCUGCUGCAUCGGGACAAACCCGCCACCAACUAUUACUUGUCUGCAACGGCAAUGCCCAUUAUUUGCAGAAAUGGGGCCUAUCUAUAUUUUCAUGGAGCCGAUUGGCCCAGAGAGAAUGGCCCGGCUAGCUUCUAGGGGAGGAGAUGCACUUCCUAGCUUCAGCAGCGGUGCUGGUUUGCCUUGGAAAGCUAGCUGUGAUCACAUUAGGGAAAUGUCAGAAGAUAGUUAUACACUUGACAUUGAGAUUGGAGGAAGCUUACAUCUUCUUUAUCAUCCUAGCCUACUUAACGGCCGAUUUUGCCCCGAUGCUUCACCUUCUGGUUCAACAGGUACUCACCGAAGGCCUGCGGAAGUUAUUGGGAUGGUUCACAUAUCUUAUCGUGUGCGACCUGCAGAAUCAUUAUGGGCAUUAGCUUGUGGAGGUCCAAUGGCUUUGCUACCAUUGACUGUGAGCAAUAUUGAGAUGGAUAACCUGGAACCUAUACUUGGUGAUGUGUCACUGUCUCUUGCUACGUCUUCUCUUUCUGUUCCUAUAUUCAGAAUAAUUUCUCUGGCAAUUCAACAUCCUGGAAAUAAGCAAGAGCUUUGCCUUACCCAUGGACCAGAGCUUCUAUCACAAGUUUUACAAUAUUUGUUGGAAACACUGUCAAAACUAGAAAGUGGGAAGAAAGAGAUACUGAGAGACGAGGAGCUUGUUGCUGCAAUUGUAUCUUUGUGCCAAUCUCAAAUAAAUGAUCCUGGUCUAAAAGCGCAGCUCUUUAGCACUUUGCUGUUGGACCUGAAGAUGUGGAGCUCAUGCAACUAUGUUCUGCAGAAAAAGCUUCUCUCUUCACUUGCAGACAUGGUUUUUGCAGAAUCUGCUUGCAUGUAUGAUGCAAAUGCGUUGCAAAUGCUUCUUGAUGGAUGCAGAAGGUGUUACUGGGUAACUCGUGAAGGAGAUUCAAUAGAUACCUUCACAUUGACUGGAACUGAGAGACCUUUAGGGAAAGUGAAUGCUCUUGUUGAUGAGCUGUUGGUUGUUAUUGAACUGUUGAUAGGAUCAGCUUCUUCCACAAUGGCUUCUGAUGAUGUUCGUCGUUUGGUAGGAUUUGUUGUUGACUGCCCACAACCUAACCAGGUUCCUAGGGUCUUGCUCCUCAUCUACAGACUGAUUGUGCACCCAAACAGUACUAGAGCGCACAUGUAUGCUCAGUCAUUUAUUUCUCGUGGAGGUGUAGAGGCAUUACUUGUUCUUUUGCAAAGAGAGGCUAAAUCUGGAAAUAACAACACUUUCAACAACUGCGAUGUGCCACAAAAUGCUGCUAAGUGGAAUGGAAGUUCUCAGUCAAAAUCUACUAAUAGUCGUUCACUCUUGAAACCAGCUAGUAGUGAAGCAAACUGCAAUCGUGAGACCCCAUCAGUUGACAGUCAUGAGUCACCCUCUCAUGAUGGUAACUCUGAACCUGUAUCUACUAGCAAAUGGUGCUUACUAAAAAAGCAGUUCCUAAAGAAUCGGAGUGGCAUGGAUCUCCCAAGUAUCACUGACAAUGUUCAGAACAAUGUAUACAAUAUUGAUAAUGGUGAUGGAGUACUUGUUGGGAUAGUUCAUAUUUUGGGCGCUUUGGUUGCCUCAGGUCACCUGAAGUUUGCGUCACUUAUUGCAAAACCAAAGUUGCCAAGUGGUUUUCUGACAACUGCUAAUGCCGAAGGAAAUACCAUGUUUGAAGACAGAGUAUCUUUAUUGCUCUUUGCAUUGCAGAAAGCUUUUCAAGCAGCCCCAAGAAGGCUUAUGACCAGAAAUGUAUAUAGAUCUUUAAUAUCUGCAGUGAUCAACAUUUCUUCAGCAAAUGAUAAUCUGAACUUGUAUGAUUCUGAUUAUCGCUUUCAGCAUAUUCCGCUCUUGUUAGUUCUACUACGUUCUCUUCCAUAUGCAUCACGAGCAUUUCAAGCUCAUACUCUUCAGGAUCUUCUAUUUUUGGUUUGCAGUCACCCUGAGAAUAGAAGUACCAUGACUUCCAUUGCAGAAUGGCCUGAUUGGAUUUUGGAGGUUAUGAUUUCUAAUCAUGAGAUGGGUGAUAACAAAGAUUCAGAUGGUGUAAGCAUAUAUGAGCUUGAAGACGUCAUACACAAGUUUCUACUCAUUAUGCUGGAGCAUUCAAUGUGGCAAAAAGAUGGGUGGAAAGAUGUGGAGGCAACAAUACACUGUGCAGAAUGGCUUUCAAUGGCUGGGGGGUUUAGCAUGGGAGACCAAAGAAUUAGGCGUGAAGAAGCAUUACCAAUUUUCAAAAGGAGAUUACUGGGUAGUCUGCUUGAUUUUUCUGCUCAGGAGCUUCGAGUUCAGCAGUCUGAAGGAAUUACUGCUGCAGCAUCUGAUGUUGAAGUGGAGACUAAAGAACCAAAAAUACAAGCAGAAAAGCCUGCCGAUCUCUUAGUAGUCUUGGCUGAGAAUGCAGUAGUUCUGAUGAUGCUCGUAGAAGAUCAUCUGAGGUCACGCAGCCAACAAUUUUUUACAUCCUGCUUAAUUGACAGUGCUUUAUCUCCUGCAUCGAUGGCUUCAUCAGCUGCCAGUAGGUCAUUGAGCAGAACUGGUAGCGAGCCUUUAGAAGCUGGGGGCUCAAGGCAGUCUUUGUCCAGUGAUGCUGGUGGGCUGCCGGUUGAUGUUCUUGCUUCGAUGUCUGGCACAAAUGGGCAAAUUUCUUCUGAGGUAAUGGAACGCGUAACGGCAGCAGCAGCAGCGGAGCCUUAUGGAUCUGUCAGGCAUGCAUUUCUAUCCUAUGGGAGCUGUAUUUCAGAUCUUUCUGAAGGUUGGAAGUACAGAAGCCGACUGUGGUAUGAUGUAUGCAUUCCAUCCAAAGCUAAUAUCUUUGGGGGAGGAGGAAGUGGUUGGGAAGCAUGGAAAUCUGUUGUAGAGAAGGACUCCAAUGGGGACUGGAUUGAACUUCCAUUAGUGAAGAAAUCAGUUGCAAUGCUGCAGACACUUCUACUAGAUUCUGGAUUUGGGGCUGGCCUUGGCUCUGGAGAGGGAUCUGCCGGUGGUAUUGGUGUUAUGAGUGCACUUAAUCAGUUGUUAGAUAGUGAUCAGCCUUUUUUUUGUAUGCUCCGGUUGACUCUUAUUUCAAUGAGGGAGGAUGAUACUGGUGAAGACGACCUCUUUAUGAGAAACAUUAGCAUGAAGAAUGAUGAUAUAUCAGAAAGAUUGGGCUGUCAAACUGGAAGUGUGAUUGAACUUGAUGGUAACUCAUGUUCGCCUACCAUAAAACCUCAGUCUGCACUUCUAUGGAGAUUGCUUGGCCCCUUUCUGAAUGUGCCAGUUUCUGAAUCUAAGAGACAGAGGGUUCUGGUUGCGUCUUCUAUUCUUUAUUCGGAGGUAUGGCAUGCUGUAAGUAGCGACAGAAAGCCUUUAAGGAAAAAAUAUCUUGGAUUGUUAAUGCCACCAUAUGCAGCUGUCCUGAAAAGAUAUCGCUCUGUUUUGGCUAAUAUUCACGAGCUUGCAUCUUCGGAUGGAGAAAAUCCGCUACUUGUUGGUGAUUGUGCUUCGGCUGCAGAUACUUUACCUGUUGAGGCUGCUGUUUCAUUGAUAUCACCUGGCUGGGCUGCUGCUUUUGCCUCUCCACCAGUUGCAAUGGCAUUGGCCAUGAUUGCUGCUGGUGCCUCUGGGGCAGAAACAAUUGCACCACCAACAAAUAAAUUGCGCAGGCGUGACACCUCAUUGCUUGAGCGUAGAUCAGCUAAAUUACACUCAUUCUCAAGUUUCCAGAGGCUUCCUGAUACAACACCACUCCUGCCUGCAUCUGCACCGAAGGACAAAGCAUCCGCGAAAGUUGCAGCCUUGGCCGCUGCUCGUGACCUUGAGUUUAGUGCUAAGAUUGGCUUGAGAAGGGGUCUUAGUGUUGUAGCAAUGGCAACUUCAGGACAACGGAGGUCUGCGGGCGAUAUUGAGCGUGCGCAGAGGUGGACCACAACUGAAGCUAUGGCUGCUGCUUGGAUGGAGUGUCUGCAAUCUGCUGACUCAAAAUCAGUGUCAGGCAGAGAUUUUUCUGCCCUUUCUUACAAAUAUGUUGCACUUCUUGUUUCAAGUUUUGCCUUAGCACGGAACUUGCAACGAGUUGAGAUGGAGAGACGAACACAGGUUGAUAUCUUGAACCGUCGUUGUGCCUCUGUUGGGGUUCGGGCAUGGCGACGUCUUCUUCAUUGCUUAAUAGAGACAAAUAGACUCUAUGGACCUUUUGGAGAACUUCUAUGUACUCCUGAUAGCAUUUUCUGGAAGCUAGAUUUUACUGAAUGUUCAUCAAGGAUGAGAAGAUUUAUGAAAAGAAACUACAAUGGGUCAGAUCGUUUUGGUGCAGCUGUUAAUUUUGAGGAGCAGAUGCUUCUUUGUGAUGGUGUGGAAUCCAAUGCAUGCCACACAGAGGAAGGGGACACUCGAUCUACAAAUGCUCUCCCAACAACUUCGUUGAUUAUAGUGGCUGAGGCAAUGUCAGUGGAUAGAGGACAUGAAGAUGCUGAGCACAUAGAAACCGAAACAAUUUGCAGCAGUGUAGAUGAUCAAUUAAGAAAUUCCUUGCCACCUGAUCCGUUUAAAGGAUCAAUAGAUCCAAGAAGUUCAGACUUUUCUGGUGUCCGCAACCUGGUUCGAUCCACAGUAAUUGCACCUGGUUAUAGGUCUGGCGAAGAAGAUAAAAGAAUUAUAAUUGAAUUGCCAUCGUUGAUGGUGAGGCCAUUGAAGACCGUACGAGGAACCUUCCAAGUCACAUUAAAGAGGAUUAACUUCAUAGUUGAUGAGCAUACAUCUGACAGUGACAGUUACAUGGAUGAUGUUGCAUCCACUAGCGGCCAAUAUGAUCAGCAAGAUAAAGAUCGGAGUUGGUUCAUAUCUUCGCUGCAUCAGAUUUAUAAUAGAAGGUAUUUGUUACGUCAAAGUGCAUUGGAAUUAGUUAUGGUAGAUAGGUCUAACUUCUUCUUUGAUUUUGAGGAUAUAGAAGCACGCCGACAUGCUUAUCGGGCUAUCAUUCACACCAAACCUCCUUAUUUGAAUGAUAUUUUUCUAGCUACACAGAAACCUGAGCAAAUCCUUAAACAGACACAAUUAAUGGAGCGCUGGGCCAAAUGGGAGAUUAGCAAUUUUGACUACCUAAUGGAACUGAACACUCUUGCUGGGCGCAGUUACAAUGACAUCUCGCAGUAUCCUAUCUUCCCAUGGGUAGUAUCAGAUUACCAUUCCAAAACAUUGGACUUGGAAGAUCCUUCCUCAUACCGAGAUCUUUCAAAGCCAAUUGGUGCUCUAAAUCCUGCACGGCUGAAGAAAUUCCAAGACUAUUACUCUAGUUUCAAGGAUCCAAUCAUCCCAAAUUGUCACUACGGUUCACAUUACUCUAGUCCUGGCACGGUAUUGUAUUAUCUUGCCAGGAUAGAACCUUUCACUACCCUCUCUAUUGAGCUGCGGGGUGGCAAGUUUGGUGAUGAUAAUCACAUGCUCUCUGAUAUCACCAGAACAUGGAACAGUGUCCUUGAAGACAUGAAUGAUGUAAAAGAGCUAGUUCCAGAGAUGUUUUACCUUCCUGAGGUAUUUACCAAUGUGAAUUCUGUUGACAUGGGAACAAAUGAACUUGCUAAAAGGCUAGGCUCUGUAGAAUUACCUCCUUGGGCCGAGAACCCUGUUGAUUUUAUACAUAAACAUCGGAAAGCUCUUGAGAGUGAUCAUGUCUCCGCUCAUUUGAAUGAAUGGAUUGAUCUAAUAUUUGGAUAUAAACAAAGAGGUAAAGAAGCAGUGAUGGCUAACAAUGUUUUUCCCUACGCUACAUACGAGGGGACAGUAGAUAUUGAUAAAAUUGCUGAUCCAGUGCAACGGCAAGCUACACAAGACCAAAUAGUAAAUUUUGGACAAACGCCAUCUCAGUUGCUGAUAGUUCCACAUAUAAAGAGAAGGCCAUUGGCAGAUAUCUUACAGCUGCAGACAAUAUUCCGGAACCCAAGUGAAGUCAGAUCUUAUUUACUUCCUAAUCCAGACCAGUGUAAUGUUCCCGCUAGUGCAGUGCAUGUAUCGAAUGACUGUAUUGUAGUCGUAGAUGCAAAUGUGCCUGCAGCACAUGUGGCAGUGCACCAUUGGCAGCCAAACACCCCGGAUGGCUUAGAGACACCCUUUCUCUUUCAUCAUGGGAAAAAUGCCAUAAAUUCAAGCGGCGGCGCAAUAAGGCGCAUCUUCAAAGGACCUGCUUCUGCAGAAGACUACCAUUUCCCAAGGGCUAUAGCUUUUGCUGCUUCUGCAGUCCAACCUUCGUCAACUGUUGCCGUCACAUGUGACAAAGAGGUUAUAACUGGUGGGCAUGCAGAUAAUUCUGUGAAGUUGAUCUCCUCAGAUGGAGCAAGGACCAUUGAAACUGCAUCUGGGCAUAUUGCUCCUGUGACCUGCCUCGCACUAUCUCCUGAUAACAAUUACUUUGUCACGGGGUCUCGUGACACAACAGUUAUAUUAUGGAGGAUACAUCAGAUGAGCUCUUCACAUUGGAAAAAUGCACCAGAACCUCCACCUUCACCAACAACACCAAUUAGUCCUCUAGCCAAUAGUAUUAGUAGUGGUAGCAGUCCAAUCAGAACUUUGGAAACCUCCAGGAAGCGGCGAAUCGAAGGUCCUAUGCAUGUUCUAAGAGGACAUCUUGGAGAAGUAACUUGCUGUUCUGUUAGUUCUGACUUGGGACUUGUUGCUUCCUCUUCACAUACAUCUGGUGCCCUUCUACAUUCUUUGAGGACAGGUCGGCUCAUAAGGAAGCUGGAUGUGGGAGAGGCACAUUUGAUAUGCUUAUCUCGUCAAGGAAUCGUAUUGAUUUGGAAUGAAUCAGAGAAGAGACUAUCCACCUUCACUGUUAAUGGAAUCCCUAUGUCUACCUCGGUCCUGUCACCUUUCUCCGGGCGUGUUAGUUGCAUUGAGGUUUCUAGGGAUGGCCAGUUUGCUUUAAUUGCAGCAUGUUUAUCUAGCAAUUGCACUCGUGACACUAGUACUGAUGAAGAUCAUAUGAUUGAGAACUGCAACGAUGAUGAGGAUGUACCAGAGUCAAAGGAGACCAAGCUAUACGUUCAUGCUCCCUCGAUCUGCUUCAUUGAUCUACACAAACUUGAGGUAAUUCAUACGCUGAAGCUGGGAGAAGGACAGGACGUCACAGCUGUUGCUCUAAAUGAAGAUAACACUACUCUUGUUGCCUCAACAGCUGAUAAGCAGCUGAUAGUCUUCACAAAUCCUUCUUUGAGUUCUAAAAUAGCUGAUCAGAUGCUGCACGAAGGUGACGGGCUUUUGUAGUCGUGUGAGAAAACCGCUGCUGACUGACAUUAUUUCACCCACCGAAGCUCCAGCGAACCUUGCAGUGAAAGAUGCAUAGGGUGUUUGGGGAAGAUGGCAACAAACCGCAUCUGUACAUAAAACAGGGGAGCUGCAACACGUGCUCUCCUUUGUGCCGCGGUGAACUGGUACAGAUGACUUCCCUUUGGUUGGUUGGUUGUAUGGACCUUGCUGUUCUUGCAAGCGGUGAAACGCGCCAUACCGAAUAUCUGGGACCGUCUUUGUGUUGCGGCCAUGGGAUUCAGAAGCAAAUACCUAAAUGUUGCUAAUUCUCUGCUCUGAGUACUUGUCUCGGUUGUGUGAUACGGUGUGCCUACGUGGACGCCAGGCCGACUGCCAUCUAUGUACAAAAUCUCUUCCAACUAAUUGAUCAUCUUUCUUUCCUUUAUGCAUGGCGUGUACACGCAAUCCUCUGUUCACGAGUGUUGCCAAUGCCAUGUCGUCAGUGACCCACUCAUUGUCGUGUUAUUAUUUGCUA